UACGAGCUCAGGGCAAUCCACUUGCCUCAGCCUCCCAGAGUGCUAGGAUUACAGGCGUGAACCACUGCACCAGACCCAAGUAGGUUCUUUUAAGUGACUGACGAGAGACCCAUAUGGCUGCUUCCUCAACAUUCCUUGUUCUCAUCUCUCUCCUCUGCCAGCUUACAGGUCCAGCAGUCUCCGGAGCCCUAAAGGAGCUAGUCGGUGCCCUUGGUGGGUCUGUGACUUUUCCCCUAAACAUCACAGGAAAGCAGGUGGACACUGUUGUCUGGAGCAUCAACACAACGGUUCUUGUCACCAUACAGCCAAUAGGAAACAAACAACCCAAAGUCAUAGUGACCCAAAAUCGUAAUAAGGAAAGGAUGGAGUUCCCACCUGGGGGUGAACUGAAGCUCAGCAACCUGAAGAAGAGUGACUCAGGUGCCUACUGUGCACAGAUAUACAGUUCCUCCUCCCCUCCCAUCACCCAGGAGUAUGUGCUACGUGUCUAUGAGCAUCUGUCAAAGCCCAAAGUCAUCGUGGGUCUGCAGAGCAGUAAGAAUGGCAGCUGCACAACCAAUCUGACAUGCUUUAUGGAACACAGAGGAGAAGAUGUUACUUACAGCUGGAAGGUCCUGGGGGAAGCAGCCAAUGAGACCCAUGAUAACUCCAUCCUCCCUGUCUCCUGGAACCUGGGGGAGAAGGACAUGACUUUCAUCUGCAUAGCCAGGAACCCCAUCAGCAGCAACUCCUCAAGCCCCAUCCUUGUCAGGAAGCUCUGUGAAGGUGACCCAGAUUCCUCCAUGGUCUUCCUGUGUUUCCCGCUGAUGCUCAUGCUGCUCAUUAUCCUGGUACUGGGGCUAGUUCUUUUGUGUAUGCAGAAAGAAAGAAGAAUAGAGUUCAUUAAAGAAAAGAAGAGGAUGGACAUUCAUCAGGAAAUUCCCAACUUCUGUCCUAAUUCUGGAGAGACCACAGAGUAUGACACAAUCCCUUAUGCUGAUUUCAUGAUGGCCAUAAAGCAGUGAGUGGAAGAAUGUGACUUGGACAUGAUGUUGAGUCAUGGUGUCAGGGGACUUGUUGCUCUAGAGAUGACUUUUCUCUCUGAGGUGAAUCUAAGAAGCUCUCAGGGGAAGGCUCAGAGAGCCUGUGAUGGCUCUGGCCCUAUGCCCAAGGCUUCCCAAGUGUGGUUCACAUAGCUGAAGUAAAUGGAUACAACUGUAAUUCAGAGGGAACCCUCUGAAAAAAAAAUCUUAAGAAUAAAGUCUAAAGAAACCCAAUGACAAAAGCCAAUUUGGGGACAUGAAAUAAGUAGAAGACUCCAAAAGCCCCCCGCCCCCUCAAGGACAAAUCACUGCAGCCCAGGCCUGGCUUCUUGUUAGUGUUCAGCCCAUGGACCCUUUUCCACAAUGGCCCAUUUAAUGAAGAAAUAAAAGAACUUGGGAGCCCCAAAGGCCCAGUUUUACUACGGACUUUUUGUUUCUUUUUUUAAUCAAGUGAUCAGCAAUGUA